UCGACUGAAGAGCACUGCCUACAUCUCAGCACGGCUCUGCUCUCCAGUUCUGCUCAGCGCGGUCCUACUAUCUCUUCAGGUAUGAGCUCAGACAAUAUUUGCCCGUAUUGAACGAGCGGACGCGGGGAAACUCGGAGAAAUGGAAAGUACUUCGACUCAGAGAUCAUUUCAGCACCACUUUGACUGGACAGCGCAACAGCUUUUCCCACUUGGUUUCGCGCUUUGGGGGAUUUGCGCGUGAUUUCCGUACGCGGGGAAUGGAGUUUGUCGAAUCGCUGGCCACCGUGCAUCAAAUGCGAAAGCAGAAAACCACAAGAAUCGACUGUGUUUAGCUGAUCGUACUGGAGGUGUUUAGCAUAAAAGCGGCUGGAGAAACGAGAAGGAAGGCGCUCACAGGUGGGCGAAGCUUUGUGUUCGCAGCACAAGACCCCCAACCUUACCCACUAGGAGACAGGCCGAUUGGAAACCUACAGGGAACAAGGGACCAAAGACGCUCGGUUCACCUUUAAUCUCAUCAAAGGACUCUAGGAAGUUCCCUGACUGGAGAUAUAAAGCAGAUUGACUCAGAACCGCUGCCUAAAGAAGCUGAUGAGCAUUCCAUUCAGUUACAAACGCACCGCAACUUGACAUAACUAUGAACUUUAAAAGAUUGUACCCUGUGAAAGGGUGUCUUCAUUGACUCAUCAAUCAGAAGUGACAUAUCUCAGAUUAAAAAUAGACAUCAAGUCUGACUUGCUGCAAUGUCUUCCGCCAUGGGGAAAAUGGUUGGAUGGAGCAAUCAUCACUGUCAGGGCUCAGCUUUAGUUUUUCUCUACCUCUUCAUGACUGCUUUGGCUGCACGGACCAAAGGUCCAGGCCACACACAUCUAAACUCUAUCCGGAUUGAUGGGGACAUUUCAUUGGGCGGCCUGUUUCCGGUUCACGCUCGGGGUCACGAGGGCAAAGCCUGUGGUGAGUUAAAAAAGGAAAAGGGGAUUCAUCGUCUGGAAGCUAUGCUGUUUGCUCUGGACCGCAUCAACAAUGAUCACGAACUGCUCCCUAAUAUCACGCUGGGUGCUCGCAUUCUGGACACCUGCUCACGGGACACUCACGCUCUGGAGCAGUCUCUCACUUUUGUCCAGGCACUCAUCGAAAAGGAUGGCACGGAUGUCAAGUGCCAAGGUGGAGGAUCACCCAUCAUUACCAAGCCAGAAAGGGUGGUUGGUGUCAUUGGAGCAUCGUCCAGCUCUGUGUCUAUAAUGGUGGCUAAUAUCCUCCGUCUGUUUAAGAUCCCCCAGGUGAGUUAUGCCUCCACGGCUCCUGAGCUGAGCGACAACACCCGUUAUGACUACUUCUCCCGAGUGGUACCGCCGGACACCUACCAGGCACAGGCGAUGGUGGAUAUAGUCAGGGCCAUGCGCUGGAAUUAUGUCUCCACUGUGGCAUCGGAGGGGAAUUACGGAGAAAGCGGAGUGGACGCCUUCAUCCAGAAAUCUCGGGAAGAGGGAAGUGUGUGUAUCUCACAGUCAGUGAAAAUCCCCCGUGAGCCAAAACCAGAAGAAUUUGAUAAGAUAAUCAGAAGACUGGGAGAAAAUCCGAAUGCAAGGGUUGUUAUUAUAUUUGCAAAUGAAGACGAUAUAAGGCGGCUACUGCAGGCAGCGAAAAAAGCCAAUCAGACGGGUCACUUCCUGUGGGUGGGGUCUGAUAGCUGGGGCUCGAAGAUUUCGCCAGUGCUGAACCAGGAGGAGAUGGCGGAGGGAGCUGUCACCAUCCUACCCAAACGCCAGUCCAUCAGAGGCUUUGAUCGGUACUUCACCAGCCGCACGCUGGAGAACAACCGGAGGAAUAUCUGGUUUGCCGAGUUCUGGGAGAACAAUUUCAACUGCAAGCUCAGCCGCCAUGCCUUGAAGAAGGGAUCUGGCAUUAAGAAAUGCACAAAUCAAGAGCGGAUCGGAAAAGACUCGACCUACGAGCAGGAAGGAAAGGUGAUGUUCGUGAUUGACGCGGUCUAUGCCAUGGCACAUGCCCUCCACAACAUGCACAAAGAACUGUGUCCUGGCAAAGUGGGACUCUGCUCAAAAAUGGACCCUGUUGAUGGAGCUCAGCUGCUCAAGAAAAUCCGCGACGUCAAGAUAGCAGGCAUAGGUGGCAAUCCGGUGCAGUUUAAUGAGAAUGGAGAUGCCCCAGGCCGAUACGAGAUCUAUCAGUACCAAAUAAAGAACAAAACAGCCGAAUACAAAAUCAUAGGCCAUUGGACUGACCAGCUUUACCUAAAUGUGCGGGCGAUGCAGUGGCCAGGUGGAGGGAAGCAGGUGCCGACUUCCAUCUGCAGUCAACCCUGUAAACCCGGAUGGCGCAAGAAGAUAGUUAAGGGCAUGUCCUGCUGUUGGCACUGCGAGCGCUGCGACGGCUACCAGUAUCAAGCCGACCUUUACACCUGCAAGAUGUGCCGCUUCGAUUUAAGACCUAACAAGAACCACACAGGCUGCCAGCCUAUUCCUAUUGUGAAGCUGGAGUGGAGCUCGCCGUGGGCCGUCAUACCUGUCUUAAUCGCCAUUCUUGGAAUCAUAGCCACGCUUUUCGUGGUGGUGACCUUCAUCCGCUAUAAUGACACGCCGAUUGUUAAGGCAUCUGGCCGAGAGCUCAGCUACGUCCUGCUUACAGGAAUCUUUUUGUGUUACGCCACCACUUUCCUCAUGAUCUCCACUCCAGAUGUAGGGAUCUGCUCGCUGCGGCGGAUUUUCCUGGGGCUCGGAAUGAGCAUCAGCUACGCGGCGCUGCUCACCAAAACCAAUCGGAUUUAUCGGAUUUUCGAGCAGGGGAAAAUGACGGUGAGCGCGCCACGCUUCAUCAGUCCAGCUUCGCAGCUGAUAAUCACCUUCAGCUUGAUUUCCGUUCAGCUCCUGGGGGUGUGCAUCUGGUUUGCUGUAGACCCUUCGCAAGCUCUCAUUGACUAUGAGGAUCAGCGCACCUUAGACCCAGAGAUGGCACGCGGAGUCCUAAAGUGCGACAUUUCAGACUUGUCGCUCAUCUGCCUGCUGGGAUACAGCAUGUUGCUGAUGGUGACGUGUACGGUGUAUGCCAUCAAGACACGAGGGGUUCCCGAGACCUUCAAUGAGGCCAAGCCCAUCGGGUUCACCAUGUACACCACCUGCAUCAUCUGGCUCGCUUUCAUCCCUAUUUUCUUCGGGACAUCGCAGUCAACGGAAAAGAUGUACAUACAGACGACCACGCUGACCAUCUCGGUCAGUCUGAGCGCAUCUGUGUCUCUCGGGAUGCUCUACAUGCCCAAAGUCUACGUGGUGCUCUUCCACCCGGAGCAGAAUGUGGCCAAACGCAGCACUCGCAGUCUGAAAGCUGUGGUCACUGCCGCCACCAUGUCUAACAAGUUCAACCCCAAAGCCAGCCUUCGGCCCAAUGGAGAAGCCAAGUCGGAGCUGUGUGAGAACCUGGAAACUCAGGGAUAUGUUGAUGAUAACUAAACAAUGAAGACAGGACUCAGCCCAAAACAAACGUACAUCAGCUACAGCAACCAUGCAAUCUAGGUAAGUGAUAAAAGGCCACUACCGAAUCCCAGAAGUGACCCCUGGAAGACAGCAUUUCAAGAUAAAUCACUCUCACGUUAUGUCACGUCUGGAAGUGAGAUAGCGGACGCUUGGAGAAAAGCCCUACAGACAUGUUUCCAUUAAUGAAGCCACGCGGGGAGCAUCUGGAGAGGCCGAGACUGUAGAGACGGUGAUGCUGGAAUGACGUUCUGUCAACCCGGACUAUUCCAUUACAGCUUGCUCUAUCUAUUCCAGAUGUCAUUGUUCAAAGUGAUACACACUAAUUAAGGACAACAUGUCAGUGUCCGCUGUUUCAUCAACGCUAACACUAUGUGGUGGCUAAAAAAAAAAGAUAUAUAAAAAUAAAUCAUUUCUCCUCUUGUUUUCUCCUUGGUGAUGAUGACAACAGCAAAGACAGUGACCAUUGUUUACAGAUGUUGAGCAUGCUGGUUUUGACAUCGUGUGCUGUGUUGUUUUUUAUUUACGUUCUUGUUUUCUUUUUCUAUGAAUAAAAAAAGACCUUCUGGAAUGCUGUUGAACUAUGUUGCUGUAUUGUUACCUCACCAUGGGCCUUGUGAAACUGUUGAAGAUGUACGAAGUGCUCUUUGGAGUAAUGUUUGCUUGUGCAUAAGUACACACUUUUGAGGAAGUCAAAUUUGCCCUGUUGUCGAAAUGUGCUGUAGCUGUCACAGUCACCGAAUCUGAAAAUAACGUUUGGAACCGACGUCCACUGGAACAAGUCACUUUCGUAUGAAUACAGCUAUCGAAGACUCACCGAUCUCAAAGUUACUUUAAACCGAUGGUUUUGAGAGGCUUGGAGGAAGUAGAUAACAGGCUCUUGUAUUCGUAUCCGGAAAAAAAAAUGUCAGGUGAUAGAGAGAGACAAGUUGGUUUGUCUCUUUUUAGAUGUUUGUGAAUUUAAGAUUCAGUUUUUUUUAUGAUUUCUCCUCUCUUCUUUGUUUUUGUUUCGUUUUUUGCACUGUUCGUGCUGCAGAAUAAAACGUCUAUGUUGACCGUGGUAAAUGGCAACUUAAUGUGUGUUCCUGAUUGCUAAUGUUUGCUUUUCAUCCUAAAAGAGAAACUAAAAAAGAA